AGCCUUUGGCUCAAGAACUGCGCUGCUCCAGCGCGCAGAUGUUGGCCGCUUUCCGUGGCCGUGGUCUUCGGGCGCUGCGUGCGCUGCCGCCAUGUACGAGAGGUGCCUUGCAUUGGCGACAUGGUGGCAUUCCCUCAGGGGUUGGGAUUUCAAACGUGGGAACACGUUCGCCCCAUGAUCUUCUCACAGAGCUCAGCUCAAUCUUUGCCAAAGAAGGCGUGACCACUCUAUCAUCCCUUUCCGCCACGUGGUUUGCGAAGGCCGACCAAAAUGUGUCCAAAGGAUUGGAUCCUGAGGAGUUUCGAGAGACGAUGGCCAGUGUGGGCUUGAAGCUCAACGACUCGGAGAGUGAGUCUCUGUUUGCACAUUUCGACCUGGACAACUCAGGCAUCAUCACAUAUGGUGAAUUUGCCAAAGGUUUGCAAGGUGAGAUGCCUUCAUUCUCAGCUUCACUAGCCUUCAUGCAUCAGCAUACUGGACACUUUCCUUCGAACCACCAGCAAAUCAAAGCAGCUCGGCCGCGUUUUGAUGAGUCUGAGACUGAAGAGUGGCUUGAGUCUCUGGAUGCUGUUGUGGCAAAGCUGGGCCCAACACGCGCCCGGUUCUUGUUGCAUGACCUGAUGGAAGAGGCUGCACGACUUGGAGUGCACAUUCCUCAGCCAGUGAUCACACCAAUGGUGAACACCAUCCCCACCUCUGGAGAGCCGGACUACCCCGGUGACCGUAGCAUGGAGGAGCGUUUGUCCAACAUCAUUCGAUGGAAUGCAGCGGUCAUGGUCAGUGAUGGAAACCGACGUGGUGGUGGUGUUGGAGGUCACAUUGGCACCUUCGCAUCCAUUUGUGAUGUCAUUGAGGUGGGAAUGAAUCACUUCUUUCGCGGUAAGGACUUUGGCAACGGUCGAGGUGAUAGUGUCUGGAUGCAGGGUCAUGCAGCCCCUGGAGCCUAUUCCAGAGCCUUCGUGGAAGGUCGGCUCGGCAUAGAUGAACUCAUGAACUUUCGACGGGAAUCUGCUGGCAAAGGUGUUUCCAGUUAUCCUCAUCCUCGCUUGAUGCCCAAGUUCUGGGAGAAUCCCACAGUCUCCAUGGGCCUGGGACCUCUAGGUGCUGUCUAUCAAGCUCGUUUCUUUCGCUACUUGCACUUGCGGGGCUUGACCGACACCUCCAAGAGCCGCGUUUGGGCCUUUGUGGGCGAUGGUGAGAUGGACGAGCCCGAGUCCAUCACCGCCAUUUCCGUGGCCGGGCGCGAGCGACUGAACAACAUGAUCUUCAUCGUGAAUUGCAACUACCAACGCCUGGAUGGGCCCGUGCGUGGCAACUCCAAGGUGAUGCAAGAGUACGAAGGAACCUUCCGUGGUGCUGGCUUUGAUGUCAUCAAGCUGAUUUGGGGUGGCAAAUUCAAUGAGCUUAUAGAGCAGGAUCAUGAUGGCAAGCUGAUCGAGGCUUUGGAGAAUACAGUGGAUGGUGAUUGCCAACGACUCCAUGCCAAGGCAGAUGGUGCCCUCAUCCGGAAGGACAUCUUUGAGAAACAUGGCCUUCUGGAUCGGGUUGCUCAUUGGAGUGACGACGAGCUCUUGGAGGCUUUCCAGACUCCUGGAGGCCAUGAUCACAAGAAGAUCUAUGCCGCCUUUUCUCAGGCUGAGAAGAAUGCGGAAAUGGGAGGCCGUCCAACAGUGAUCCUGGUGAAGACGCUCAAGGGUUACAGCCUACAAACCUUCCUUGGUCGAAAUACCGUGCAUCAGAAGAAGAUGAUGUCGGACUCUGACAUGCAGAAAUACCGUGAUGCCAUGGGCAUCCCCCUCACAGAUGAGCAGCUAAAGGCAGCAGAUGCCCAAAACUUUUUUGCACUCAAGGAGGACUCACCAGAGGUGACGUACCUCAAGCAACGACGUCAAGAACUGGGAGGUUUCCUUCCACUUCGUUCUCCAGCCAAGGUCUCUUCUUUGGUGGAACUCCCCACACACGAGACGACCUACAAUAUGUUUGACGAAGGCAGCAAAGGAAGAGAGAUAAGCACAACCAUGUGCUUUGCUCAAAUCCUUCGGAAAAUGAUGCAGGCUGGCGAGUUUGGACAGCGAGUGACGCUGAUGGUCACUGAUGAGUCCAGAACCUUUGGGAUUGACGCCUUCUUUCCGAUCUUCAAGAUACAUGCACCCUUUGGACAGAACUACACUCCUGUCGAUGCAGAUCAGGUAAUGAAAUAUGCAGAAGCGCCUAAUGGACAGAUUCUGCAAGAAGGCAUCAGUGAAGGCGGCGCAAUCAUGACUUGGAUUGCGUCCGCAACAUCCUACUCAUCGCAGCAUGCACCAACCUUACCCUUCUUGAUCUACUACUCAAUGUUUGGAUUUCAACGUGUAGGCGAUAGCAUUUGGCAAGCUGCUGAUGCGAGAGCGCGCGGCUUUCUCAUCGGCGCUACCUAUGGCCGCACCACACUGAAUGGAGAAGGGUUACAGCAUCAGGAUGGGCAUUCUUUGCUCAUUGCUCUGACCUGUCCAGCAGUGAAGGGCUACGAUCCUGCAUUCGGCUAUGAGAUGGCUGCCAUUAUCGAGAAUGGAGUGAAAGAGAUGUGGGGGGAGGACAAAGAUGUCAUCUAUUAUGUCACGGCAUAUAAUGAGAACAUGCCCAUGCCCGAGAAGCCCGAGGGAGUGGAUGAAGGCAUCGUCAAGGGCUUGUACAAGUUUUCAGAUGCCAAGCCCGCCCAACACAAGGUCCGGCUGAUUGGGUCCGGGGCAAUCAUGAAGCAGGCCUUGGAUGCUGUAGAACUCCUUGCUGAGUAUGGUGUUGGUGCAGAAAUCUGGAGUGCCACCAGCUAUAGUGAGCUUCAGCGCGAUGCUGUUGCAAGCGAGCGGGCAGAUCGUCUUGGUGCUCAGGGGCAGUCCUGGGUCGAGCAAUGCCUCAGCGAAGACUUGGUCACCGUUGCGGUGUCAGACAACAUGACGGCAUACCCGAUGCUGAUAGCUCCAUAUGUCACUGGCAAGUACAUUGUCCUUGGAGCGGACGGUUUUGGCCGCUCUGACACACGUGAAGCACUGCGGCGUUUCUUUGAGAUCGACAAAGAGCAUGUUGCAGUCGCGGCCCUCUAUGGACUUGCAAAGCAAGGAAAAAUCUCCAUGGACGUGGCCGAUCAAGCGCGUGAGAAGUUCGGCAUCUCCGCAGAGAAGAAGGACAUUUGCAUGGAGGUGAUCAGCUGAGCACCAGAGAGGCAACAAGCGUGACUCUGGACAGCGACAUGGAACAAGUUUUCAAAAGGUGCAUCUGCAUGGGCAGUUGUGUGGCUUAGAUAUGCAUCAAGUGGUGCUGGUGGCAGUCUUGCAUUGAGUCUUGCCC